AUGACAGAGAGUGAGAGUCCUGUUCAUAAACAAGACAUUGAAGCUGAGGAUUCCUUAGUUUUGUGGCAUGAUUUUCUUCAGACUUUAUCACUCCACGGCUUUCGUCAAGUUUUUGAACGUGGCAGUGCUAAAAUUCGUCGUAUUUUAUGGUUGACUAUUCUCAUCGCAGCUUUAGUUAUGGUCUGUGUUCACAGUGAACGUAGUAUAAGGAAGUAUUUUGAACGACCUGUAUCAACCAAUGUCCAUGUGGAAUUUGUUGAGGAAAUCAUAUUUCCAGCUAUCACCAUCUGCAACUUUAAUUUGUUUCCAUUUUAUCUUAUCAAUGGCACUGUUGGAGAAAAGGUUGGUGCAUAAUAAGCAUAAAAGCAUCGAAGACAGAGUUGGACUAAGUUUAAAAGUUCGUUGGAGGCAGUUAUUUAUAAUUUCAAUUUUAACUUUAAUUUCAAUAUCCUAUUAAAGUAUCUCCAAUGUUCAAUUUCAUCCCAUGUCAGUAAUUUUGUGGUCCGUCAACGUUCGGUGUUCUCCGCAAAGGGUUUUCAGUAUUAAUACUCAUGCUGCAAUCGUUAAAUAAAAUUUUUCCCAUGCAUCACCUUUCCAUUCAUUACUUUACCUUUAUUGCUUUAAUUCCCUCGCGCCUACAACUACUACCUUUCCUAUUUCUGUAAUCUCACCAUUUUCCUUAAUUUACCUACUAAUUUAUCUUUCUUCAUCCUUAUACCUGUUACUGCACCUUAACUGCCUAGUUACCUUGCUAUACUUUACCUUAUUUCUAAUUUUAUUUACUCUUAUCUGACUGUCUUGCCAUGCCUUGCCAUGCCAUUUCGUUAAGAUCAAACAGGCAACGUUGUUUCACUAACGUUGAUCGAAUUAUCAAUUUAGAUAAUGUCCAUCUUGGCUCCACAACAGCACAUAGACAGGCAGGAUGAUGUGCUAUUUGCAAGGUCACCGAUACCUAACUUUAACCAGUACAAACGAUCAAUUAUCCUGAAGGAAGAAGGGAAUGAUAGUACUGUAGAAGAUAUUGAUACAGACAUUGAUGUUGUUGAUUCAAAAUGGGAUUUUGAUCAGACAUUUAAUUUUGCUGAAUUUGUUAAAACUCAUGGACACAGGAUAGACCACAUGAUCAAGAAAUGUAGAUGGAGAUCAGAAAAGUAAAGUAUCUGCAUGGGCCGAUUGUACGAAGACCAGAUCAUAACGCUAUCCACCGGAAUGACCGGAUAGUGAUUUGUUUAAAUCUUCAUAUAGACUGAUGUCUAUAUGUAAAAGCUGCGAACCACGGAUAUUUACAAUACAAUAAGUGAAAAAAACAUUGUUUCUAAUAAGUUCCUAAACUUUAAUCUGCAAUGUAUAAAUCAUCGACCAAUUUUCCGGUGUCGGAAAGCAUAUCCUGCCUUCGUACAAUGGGCAAUUUUAAUUCUGGGAGCCUUUUUCAUCAAUAGCGAAGCCAUCUAUAGCACCACGUUGCAUGUGGCUAGUAUGAUAUAUUACCGCGCAUUUAAUCAAUAAUGAUUAUUAUCAAAAUGUACCUUUUAUUCAAAGAAAACCCCCGUUUGAUUUGCUGUGGCACCAUAAAAAUCCAAUAACCUGAUGUAUACCGCAAUGCAUUGCAAUUGGAUGGUGCUAUUAUUAUAGAAAAGGUCAAUUAAACAAAAGAGCUUGAAUACCUGAUGCAAUAUCCUGCCGAUUUGCUAAACUUUGAGUUUAUUUUUAUCACCAAAUUGCAUUAAUGUCUUUGUGUCUAGGAUUAUUGAAGAAUACCUCGUCAAUAUAAUAUAUUUAUACGGCUAUACAAUUAUACGGCUAGCUGCUUAUAUACAGUACAUAUUACUAAUUAAAGUAUAUUAAUAUAAAUUGCAUCGUUGUUUCCAUUUUCUAAUUCAUAUGGAAUUAAAAUAUUUUGUUUUAAGUACUUCUUUGCAAUUAAUAUUCUUUUUUGCUCGUAAUUCCAUUUAUAGAUGUGGUCCUGAAAAUUUUACUGCGGUAAUAACUGAAUUUGGAUUAUGUUACACUUUCAAUUCGGGAAAAUUGGGGCACCGUGUUCUCAAAGUGAACAGAGCGGGAGUUGACUUCGCUUUAAAACUUCAAUUAAAUGUUCAACAAGAUCAAUAUUAUGGAUCUUUAAGAGAUUCUGCUGGUUUUAAAGUAAUGGUUCAUGAUCAGGAUGAACCAGCGAUGAUCAAUGAGUUAGGCUUUGCUAUUCAGCCUGGAACUCAUACAUUUUGUAGUUUGAAGAAAAUUGUAGUAAGUGUAUACAAUGUUAUAAUUAUCUUUAAAAAAUUCAUUAAUAAUCACGAGGAAAAUUCAAAAGAAAUGAAUGUUUAAUCAAUGUUUGUAAAUCGGAUAAAGAUUUGUCCUGAUUUACAUAAACUUCAGCUUUAAUUUUCUCGGCUUAGACAAUGUUUAUUUUUAAAAUUAGUUCGUUAAUGAACUCAUAAGAUGGGUCAUUUUUUAAAUAUCAGGUACAGAUCGGCUGCUCAUGUUUUAUCUAGUACUUACUUGUGUCAGGCAACUCACAUAUCGCUUCUUUCUAUUGUCUAGUUUAUUCUGUCUUUGUCUUACUUUUCAAAUAUCCAUUUUAUUAUUUUAUCAUUUUCUUUUCUUUUCUUACGUAUAUUUAAUCUUUUUAUAUACCUAUAAUACGAUCAGUUACUCCAUCCCUUUCUUACAUCAUCGUUGCUUUUUUUCUAUUUAAUUGGUUUCGUUUUUCCCUUUCUAAUCAGUUCCAUCCUCGACCGUAUCUAUGCUUUUUCUUUUAUACUUUCACUCUUUACUUGUUUUCCAUUCCUAUAAUAUACCUCCAUUUUGGUUAUAUUAAGAUAAACAUUGCUGUAUAAAUACUGUAAUGUCUGUGCAUGGCCAUGCAUGUAUGUAAGCUUUUAGCACUGACAUAUGAAUAUAUUUUCUUCAGAUAAAUAACUUACCGAAGCCAUAUAGAGCGUCUUGCAAAGAUUUAAACAUACGUGGUUUUGCAAAAUAUACAAAAUCUGCAUGUCUAUUAUUGUGUCGUGCAAGAUUUGUAAUUGGUAGAUGCAAGUGUAGUUCAUACGACCUUCGCGGCUUGGAAGGUAAGGUCGUAAAUAUUGAUUGCUGUAUGUAAUGGAUAUAUAAAUAUUGAAAUAUCUGUUGUUUCAUUCAUAUAUAGUUACAAUUAAUGGUUAUAAAUUCAUCUCUCGCUGUUUACGAAUGCUGAGCUCUGUCCUUACCCUGAUUCUAACCCUAACCGCUGACCCUAAUUCAGGAACAGCGAGACAUGAAUCUAUAUAUCCCAAUUAAUUAUUCUAUUUUCAGCUGACACCCCUCCAUGUUUGCCUCAACAAGUUAAAAGCUGUGUCUGGCCUGCAAUGGGUAUGGAUUUUAAUAUUAAACUCAUCAUUGCUGUGAAACGUUUACUACUCAAUAUUUAUUAACACUAUUUAUUUUAGGUCUCGUCAGUUCAGUUCGAACUAUACGGCCAUUAUAGCUAUUUCCUGCACAUCCAUGCAACAAGACCCUUUGUAUUCGUCAUGACACGUUGCAGAGAGGUGUAAACUUCACAGAGGUGUAACUUAACACUUGCCCGCUUGCCUGGGGCAAGUGGAUAUCAUGACGGGCCAGUAAACGUUUUAUCUUGCUUGCCCGAUUGGGCACGUUGCCUUGCCACAAAAAGCAAGGCAUCUUAAAGUUUAUGUUUCAUUAUCGACAUUAUCAGAUAAAUUUUUUAUAAUGCGUGCAUGUACUUGAUUCAAAUUUUGUUUUUUGUGGGCCGAAGCUAGAUCUGAGGAAGUAUAACAUAGCCACAUAGAGCAGUGGGAGAACGGGUCGACAUGUUGUCCCCUUAAUUUAUACCCCCUACCUAGGUACCCACUGGGCCAUUAUCUGCAUGAUGGCAAGAUGAAUUUUAUUCAGGGCAACUACUGAAUUUUCAUGUCGAACUUGCCCUGAGGGCAAGUGGUCAAAAAAGUAAAGUUACACCACUGCUUCAGACAAAUUAAGUCGGUUAACCGUUUCAUUUUUCACGCAAGGGCACGUCAGGAUUAUAUAUCAUGAGUAUAUUUCUACAUAUUUAUUUUAAACAGAGGAAUUUCGAAACGAAACAAACAAUUGUGGUUGUCCAGUACCUUGUCAUAUUACGAAGUUCCAGACUCAACUGUCCUAUGCACAAAUGCCAGCCAAGCAUUUCUCUGAAGUUUUGGCGAGAAAAAGAAAGGUUUCUAAAGAUGUAAUGAGAAAUUAUUUAAGGUUUGUGAUAUAUUAAAUAAACCGUGCAGCAUUGGCAUGUAAGGAUACAACUAUACCUGAAAAAUACAAACAAAACUUCGACGCUUCGAAGUAAGGACCUUCGGAGUUCUGGUUUUUAUCUUCCAGGUUGUUGUACAAAUCUCCUAUAUUAUCUCUUAUAUUUUUCAUACCUCUGCUUUUUGUACCGCCAUAGCUUCCUUAAUGGCACCGACUGUUCGAGAUUAUAUUAUAACAAAGUCUUAAAGUGAAAAUUUGUGCAUGUAGGGUGUAAAUGUACAAUAGAGAAGGGGGCACUAGGGAUGCAAGAGGCCCCGCUCAGGUAUAUGCAUUACUGCACUCCAGCUGGGGGCGACAUACUACACAUAACGCAAAGCAAGGUCAGAAAUAUUUUUCAGUGUCCAACUCGGAUACUAUAGAGUUCGAGGUUUUAAUAUCUGCGACCACUUCUGGGUACUAGUUAGCAAACGUUUGGUAUUUAUAGGAUGCAAUCUACAAUAUUCUCACACGUUAACGGAACGUCUAAAGAAGUUACAGUGCCGUAGACAGCUUUUUGGUGUGGAGGCUUGUGCAAAGAUAUUUGACGGAUUGACUAAACAAAUUCUAUAAACUUGUUCAUAUCAGCAAUGUGUAUCAGCAAUUUAUAAACAUGAUUCAAAACUAGAUUUGAAUAAUUAUAGGCCUAUUUCAGUCCUUCCAGUAGUUUCAAAAAUUUUCGAAAAAGUUGUCUUUGACCAAGCAUAUACCUUUUUAAACAAAAACAACCUUUUAUCUGACAUACAGUCAGGAUUUAGACCUCUUCACUCAACGUUAACAGCUAUGCUUGAUGUCACUGGUACACUAACAUGGACAGUGGGUUAAUAAAUGCUGUCUUAUUCAUUGAUUUAAAGAAGGCUUUUGAUACCAUUGAUCAUAACAUUUUACUACAGAAGUUAGCUUGUUAUGGUUUCAACAAAGAAGCGAUUGAUCUUUUUAGAAACUAUCUUUCUGAUCGUACUCAAAUAACAGUUAUUAACAACAUACGAUCUGAUACUCGUAAAGUAACCUGUGGAGUUCCUCAGGGAUCUAUCUUAGGUCCACUACUGUUUUUAAUAUAUAUAAACGACCUACCUAAUAGUGAAUUGGUAUCAGAUGGGCGUUUAUUCGCUGAUGAUACCAACUUGACUUUUGCGGACAGCAGCCCUGACAAGUUGAUUUCUGUUCUAAAUGACGACCUUAAAACUCUCCAAAACUGGCUUAACCAGAAUAAACUAAGCCUGAAUGCGGUUAAAACUAAAUGUAUGUUUAUGGCAUCCAGGCAAAAAUUAAGUACUAUUCCUGAAGAACCUAAUAUUGCUAUCGCCGGAAACAAAAUUGAAAGAGUUAGAUCUUAUAAGUGUUUAGGUUUAAAACUGGACGAGAGUUUGACAUGGAAGCAUCAUGUUUCUACUAUAAUCUCCAAAGUCUCCAAGGUGAUUGGAGUUCUACGAAGACUAAAACCAUUGCUCCCACAGUCAACUCUUGUCAUGAUCUAUAACUCCUUAGCACAGCCUUACUUUGAUUAUUGUAGUAUUGUCUGGGAUAGCCUAGGUAAGGGUCUUGGACAAAGGUUACAGCGAUUACAGAAUAGGGCUGCAAGAAUUAUUACUGAAUCUGAUUAUAACAUCCGGUCAUCGGAUAUUUUAACAUCAUUGAAUUGGACCAACCUUGAAACCAGACGUACCCAACAGUUCAAAACUUUUAUGUACAAAACUGUUAAUAAUAUGGUUCCUAGUUACUUGUCUGGAAAAUUUACUUCCACGUCAAUGAUACACGAACAUAGUUUGCGUGGAUCUAAUCAUAAACCUUUUGUACCAAGACCCUUAACGGAAUCCUUGAAGAAAAGUUUUUCCUAUAGAGGAGCUACCCUAUGGAAUGACAUACCCGUCGAACUCACUAGAGUUCAAUCUCUCGCUGAGUUUAAAUCUAAAAUAUCUUAAUAUUUCUCUUAUAUUAGUUUCUUUGCAUGUGUAGUUUGUUACUUUUGUAAAUAGUUUGAUACUUUUUUAUUAGUAAUUAGUCGACUAGUAUAGGUACACGUCUCCAUUGAAGAGCACAUAACAUAACCUGUGAAAUGGACCUCGUGUUUUAAAUAAAGAUGUCAAUCAAUCGAUCAAUCAAUUGUAUCAAAUUCCGACGGACACGGGAAAUCGGCGAUCCAAAUUUCGGCCUUUUCAACAGAGUCGUUGUAAAAAGAAAAAGGCAUUCCUUAAAUUCACGAGAAUGUCCAAAAUUCGACACAAUGCAAAAUCCAUAAAAAACCAGUACAAUUCGUUGAAAAUUAACGAAAUUGUUUGAAACAGUUUACCCCCUCCCCAGGUAGAGGACCCCUUCCCCCGCCGCCUCCCCCCCCCCGUUGUUAAUGAGGACUGGAAGCCUAGAUGAUGGUCUAGGAUGCAUUCAUGUAUGCCCUUGUCAAAAGGUCAAAAAGACCUGGGAAAAUUAAUUUAUCAAUACCAUCAUUUAGUGCCUAUAGUACACAUGAAGAUCAGCCAAAACCACUACAACUGAAUGUAAAAGAACACCACUUCCACAAUUAUUGAUUCCUGUUUCAGAGAUACACAAGAAAACCAUUAUGUGUAAAAAAUAUAUUAUACUAAGUCUCCUUAAUUAAGAAGCUAAGAAUCAAUGAAACCAUCCUGGUACACAUUUAUUUUCAGGGACAACUUUUUGGACGUAGAUUUUUAUUUUGAAGAAAUGAGCAUUGAGAAAAUAACGGAGCGACCAGCUUAUGACGAGGAAAGUUUAUUUGGUGAGUGACAUGUACACCAGUUGCACUUUCACAUGUGGUGGGCGAGAACUAAAAAAGAGUCAUUUAAAGGAAUGGGCGAGAACUAAUUAAGAGUCAUUAUUUUUCAUCAGGGAAUUUCAAUUUUGCUGAUUAUGCUGAAAAAUUUAAAUAAAAAUGUCGAAACAACCGAAAUGUUUCAGUAUUUACAAGUAUAAGCUAUCACUUUGUGUUUACACGGCCACCAUUUUUAUUUUUCAGCAUAAUCAUGCACGCAUAAACUAAAAGCUGGAAUUCUAGAUUCCCCUUAUUACGUUUUCGUAGCCCUUUGCAUUGUGGUUAUACAGGGUGUAUAAAAAAAGACGGAGUCGUCCUAAAUAUCCUUAUUUCUAUCGUAAAAUAAACUACCAUAGUUUUGUUUUGUGCUCAAUUUAAAGCUUGUUUUUUCAUCUUUCGAAUGAAGGGUUUCUUAAAAAUUUUGAACUAAGGCUAAUCGCAAUAAAAAUAAUUUAGUACAAGCGCUCGUUUUUAGAUGCUUCGAAAUAUUAAUCUUCGAAGUCCCUUGGGGACUUAAUUAAAGGUAGUUUGCUAAAAUUUAGAACGUUGUUGUUUAAAACUUUACAAUCACCAUUUAUAAUGCCAAAGCUAAUAAUUCCGGAAAGAACAUUUAUUGUUGAAAAGUAUUUCGAAACAAAAAGCGUUGUUGCAGUGUUAAGACAAUUUCAAAUAGCUUUUCCAGGACGUAAUCUUCAUCGAGCGUUUGGCGUAAUGUCAACAAAUACCGGCUGCAUGCAUUGAGGGCCCUGAAGGGGUAAAAUGGGAACUGGGAUUGAUCUAUUUUUAGACUGGGAAAAUGGGAUUUGGGUUGCUGGGACUGGGAUUUGGCCACUGGGAAUGGGAAAUGAAGUCCUCAAAAAUGGGAUUGAGGUAAUGCGAGUCGAUUCCCAAUUUUUCUACGUUUUAAGUAUUUUAAAAUAUAAUUUUGAUCCGUUUUUGGUGUCUUUGGUCAUGAUUUUUGUUGUUAACUAGAUUAUUCACAGCACCACCUGCGAAUAGGCAUAUUCUGGCGCCCGGAGUUCUGGGUUUUCUGAUUAUGCGUGUCUCAGAAUGCUGCAAAUGCCAUUUCCGGGAUUCAAAUUUAAAAAUUUUCCGUGCCUUCGGCACGAGCCCCCCCCCAAUAUUUCAUAAAGUGUCCGCCACUUGCACACACGGUGGCUUAAAAGGUCUUAAAACUAUUUAUUCUACCAAUAAAUAAAGGGUUUUUUAUUGACUGGGAUUUCAAUAACUCGUACUGGGAUUUCUAAUAAAAAUCCAACUGGAACUGGGAUUUUUCCAAAAUUUCAGGUGGGAAAUGGGAUUGGGACCCCCCCCUUCAGGACCCUCUGCAUUGAAUGGAAGAACCACCCCAUAAAGUUUAAAUCGAAAUAAAGGAAACUCGGGAAGAAGAAGAGUUGUCUUGGAUAUGAGACAAAGAACGAAUUUGUGUGAACUUAGAAAUGGAUGCCACGUUGAGUAAAUGUGUACUUCCAACUUAUUCUUUGGAACGUUUAAAUAAAUUGUGAAUUCAACCACGUCUAUGUACGUUUUUUAGUUUUCCAAUUGCACUUACUUAAAUUGACACAGUUAGCCAGCAAUAACUCCAAAUUUUAUAAAAUAAAUUAUACAAAAUAGCCGAAAGAUCGCGAUUUCGAAAGAAUGCAAGUAUAAACGUCUAACUUUCAUAUUCGCUUUGAAAUUUACAUUUCAUGUGAGGACUCCGUUUUUUUAUACACCCUGACCCUGUAGUGGUAUCACUGAUAAAGAUAGCGGCCUCGAAUGAAAAUAUUGAAUUUUUUCGCGAAUAUUUUGCUGUUGACUAUCGCGCACCUGACCCUAGCUAGCUUUUUUUAAAAGUUCUUGCACGGGUCAGGACAAAAAAUAAGCCAUCUUGAAUGUACCACUAUAACUACAAUGCAAAGCGCUACGAAAACGUAAUAAGGGGAAUCGUCAAUUGCAUGCCUAUUGGCAUGAGCUACCGUGCAUGUUGAUUUAGCCAUGGGUCUUGGUGAAAUUCAGAAAUUUUAUGAGCAAAGAGGAAAAUUACUAUUAUAAGUUAUAAAUAUAUUUGGUGUAGUUCAGCCCGGAAUAUGCUAUGAGUUUCCGUACGUAUGUAACCGUUGAUGAAUAUCGGCCGUCUUCAUGAUCGUGAAUGCAAGAUUGAAGUACAAUAAAAAUAUUAUAAUGAAUUAUAAUGAAAGCAUAAACGAAAGAGAACAUUUUAAAAUUACAGACGGAAAAAUAUCAAACAUUUGAUUGUAACACUUGUAUAUUCUAAAUCUAUUUCUAUAUUAUAAGCAAUCUAAACUCGGGUCCGGCUUCUAAACUUUCAGAAUCAUGAUAAUCUUACACGACAGUAAAGUGAUUGUUUUAUCUGCUUUAUAUUCUAGGUGAUAUUGGAGGCCAAGUUGGGUUGUUUCUUGGUGCAAGUAUACUGACACUCUUGGAAUUCAUAGACCUUGUUGCGAGGAUCUUAAGCAGAAAACUGAAAAAGAAAAUAUAUCCGGAACAUACAGCUUAG